GGGAGGUCUGAGCUACCAGCAGCUCGGACUGAAGGCGCCAAGCAUCAGCAUCUUUGGCUUUGCAGUCUCCUGCGGCAUUCGGCAUUCUCGGAGGAAGCAGCUAAGGUAAGCCUGCAGUGGCCGGGGAGGCUGCAGUACUCCUGGCUGAAUUCUGACGGACCAACUACAACCAUGAAAUUGGCAGUGAUUUGCUUUUGCCUGUUUGGCAUUGCCUCCUCUCUCCCGGUGAAAGUGGCUGAUUCUGGCAGCUCGGAGGAGAAGAUGCUUUACAGCAAACACCCAGAUGCUGUAGCCGCAUGGCUGAAGCCUGACCCAUCUCAAAAGCAAAAUCUCCUAACCCCACAGAAUGCUGUGUCCUCCGAAGAAAAGGAUGACUUUAAGCAAGAAACUCUUCCAAGCAACUCCAAUGAAAGCCAUGACCACAUGGACGACGAUGACGAUGACGACGAUGAUGGAGACCAUACAGAGAGCGAGGAUUCUGUGGACUCUGAUGAGUCUGACGAAUCUCACCAUUCCGAUGAAUCUGAUGAGUCCUUCACUGCCAGUACACAAGCAGACAUUUUAACUCCAAUCGUCCCUACAGUAGAUGUCCCCGAUGGCCGAGGUGAUAGCUUGGCUUAUGGACUGAGGUCAAAGUCUAGGAGUUUCCAGGUUUCUGAUGAACAGUAUCCUGAUGCCACAGAUGAGGACCUCACCUCCCUCGUGAAGAGCCAGGAGUCCGAUGAGGCUCUCAAGGUCAUCUCUGUUGCCCAGCAUCUGAGCGUACCUGAUCAGGAUAGCAAUGGGAAGACCAGCCAUGAGUCAAGUCAGCUGGAUGAACCAAGUCUGGAAACACACAGCCUUGAGCAGUCCAAGGAGUAUAAGCAGAAGGCUAGCCACGAGAGCACCGAGAAGUCGGAUGUGAUCGAUAGUGCCGAGCAGUCUGACAUGAUCGAUAGUCAGGCAAGUUCCAAAGCCAGCCUGGAACAUCAGAGCCACGAGUUUCACAGCCAUGAGGACAAGCUAGUCCUAGACACUAAGAGUAAGCAAGAUGAUAGGUAUCUGAAAUUCCGCAUUUCUCAUGAAUUAGAGAGUUCAUCUUCUGAGGUCAAUUAAAGAAGAGGCAAAAACCCAAUUCCUUACUUUGCUUCUAGUAAAAACAAGAAAAAAUGUUAGUGAGGGUUAAGCAGGAAUACUAACUGCUCAUUUCUCAGUUCAGUGGAUAUAUGUAUGUAGAGAAAGAAAUAGAUAUUUUGGGUCCUUAGCUUAGUUUGUUGUUUCAUGCAAACACCAUUGUAACCUGAAUGCUUUAGCACUUUGCUUCUGUUCUUUCUGUACAAGAAAUGCAAACAACAACUGCAUUUUAAUUAUUGUUAUUCUUUUAUGAAUAAAAUGUAUGUUGAGACAAGCAAAUUCACAGAAACAAGCAAAAUUAAAAGAGAAACUGUAAUGGCCUAUGUCACUAUAAUCUUUUGGUUUUAUAAUUAGUGUAUAUUUUGUUGUGAUUAUUUUUGUUGGUGUGAAUAAAUCUUGUAUCUUGAGUGUAAGGAG